AUGGUAAUGAAUAUUGCAUCAAUGGAAAGAUUUCCUAUAAAUUAUGCUUACACGUAUAACAAUUUAAAUCGAGCGCCUAGGCCGCAGCAUUGUGUAAGGGCUGCUGGUCAUCUACCAAUAAACGCAUCCACGGGAGUUAUUGAAGAAACUGACCUUCAAAGAAGCGUUACACCUGUUGACCAACAUAUCAAUGUUGUAUAUCAUCAAGGCCGGUUAAUCUGCAGAGACAUCCCAUUGGACGCGUCAGCUUGGUUCAAAUUAGUAACGAUAGCCAACAACAUUCACAACUACAACGUAAUGCUGGAACAAGUAGACCGAGGAAUCUUACUGAAGGCAAAAAAAGAAAUCUUCCCCGGCGAGCCUUUGAUGAUGUGGUUCGACAAUCAAUUGCUGACGAAGAUGAACAUCCCACUGUACCUAGAACCCCAAUGCAUAAUGCAAUCAGGCUGUACACCUAAUUAUAGGUGUCAGCGUUGUGACCGCCAGUUCUCAGAUCCGAAUCCUCUGAAGAUACACAUAGCGCUGGACUGCAACAAAUUGGACAAAAGUUUCCUCUGGGACAAGCUGGCCAAAGGAUACGCUUCUUUUCACCUGGACAAUUUUCGGACGAACUUUCCGUUAGCGUUCCAGUAUCAAAUGCUGUCUCUUCAGCAUCAACCUAAAAUGAUGUUGCACGACCUGGAGGUCAAAAGCCCGAGAUUGAGGCCGUCGCAGAAGCACCAGGCGUUGCCACCACCAACAAUGAGCUACCCUAAUACAAGGGUUGAAAUUCCAGCGACCUCGACGGCAUUGACAGAAGCCUCGACAAGUUCUUCUGACGAGACAUCACCAAACGUAUCGAUAAAUUCUUCACUGGAGCUCUGGAAAACGCCGGUUGAACCCGUGGGGGUUCCUCACUCAGCGUUCAAGCCUUACCCCCAGCAACGCGUUCCUGAGACAAUCCCUCAUAAUUUAAAAUUAAUUCCGCAUAACAAAAUAAUUUACAAUUACCCUCCUCAAAUCAAUCCCUUCUUCCAAGCGAACCUCAGAGCGCCCGUAUCGAUGGUAAAUGUCGCAAAUGCUGAAGAACGUGCUGCACAAAUGGAGACCAUCGUCAGCAACCUCGGGAAGUCUAAGAAUGGACAUCACUGCUUGUACUGCCGCAGAAUCUACUCCAGGAAAUACGGAUUGAAAAUUCAUAUCAGAACUCACACAGGAUACAAACCUCUCAAGUGCAAAAUUUGCUCCCGAGCUUUUGGAGAUCCCAGCAAUCUUAAUAAGCACGUCAGGCUACAUGCUGAAGGUAGUAACUUCGAGAGUCCUUACAAGUGUGAUCUGUGCGAAAAAGUUUUCGUAAGGCGGAGAGAUGUUGAACGGCACAUGAAAUCCAGACAUCCUGAGAGCGAAUCUAUUUCUUCUUCGUCGCGACGUUAG